AUGACAAUAGAAGACCCACCCCAUAACCCUCCGGGUGACGGCGUGGACGGCGUGGACGGCGUGGCCUCGCAGCGCGAACUGCCGCCGGUGCUGCCAGAUCGCGAAAACGUUCCUGCAACCUCGACAACCCCUUCCAUCGCCUCAACACGAACUGCGAGAACAGCCAAUGACCACGCGAGAAGCCAAGCGGGCUCGAAUGCGAAAGUAGCGAUCCCUCGUCAGCGAUCUGCCGCCCCGCGAUUCAACCGUCGGGUUCCCCGCGCUUGCGAAUCGUGCAGACAGCGCAAGACGAAAUGCAGUGGUGAUACCCCGAUUUGCCGACAAUGCCGCGAGCUGAGGGUCACUUGUCAGUACCCCGUGGGUUGGAAGGAGAGAACCAAAAAGCAAGUAGAAAAGCUGUCGGAGAAAGCGACAGACUAUGAGAAUCUCCUAAAGGAUUUGGGAGGCGUGGUCGAAACCAAGGCUGCUGAGCGGAUCAGGAGCUUAUUGGAUAAGCACGGUCUGGAACCGGAUUAUUCUUCAAACAGCGCCCAGUCUCAUUCGGCCACCCCCCAAGACGCCAUGGAUGCCGCAGCAGAGGAGCCUUCUUCCCCGUCAUCCAUCGGAUCCCUGGAGGCCAUCGACCGGGUGGAAGAGGACCUGAAUAGGGAUGAACACACACGGGCGACCGGGUACCUGGGCAAAAACUCGGAGAUCACUUGGAUGCAGCGGGUGCAACAGGAGGCAGAACAACGUGCCCAAGGCAAACCAGGCCGGCUGUCGAAUACUCAAACCGAUCAGAACCCUGACGGUGAUUUUACUCUGCAUACAGUCAACUACCAUCUGGAUGACAUGGACAUCUCUGCGCCUGGACCGGUGCAGACAUAUUACAUGCCGCCUCGCCAGCUGGCCGAUCAGUUGUUUGAGGAUUAUUUGACCACUGUCCACCCAUUUUAUCCUAUCAUCAAUCGGCCAUUAUUCCGGGCACAAUAUCAGACCUUCUAUGAUUCUGCUGCUCGUCCCGGUGACAAGUGGCUGGCCAUCCUGAAUAUGAUCUUUGCUAUUUCUGCGAAACACGCCCACCUCAUGGAUGCGCCGUGGCGUGGAGAUCCCCAGGACCAUCUGGUGUAUUUGACUCGGGCACGAAUUCUCAGCCUGAAUGGCGAUGUCCUUUUCAGUCAUCCUGAUCUCCAACAAGUCCAGGUAGAGGGUUUGAUUGCUUUCUACCUGCUCGCAUCGGAUCAGAUUAACCGGGCAUGGAGAAUCUCGGCUUUGGCGGUGCGAUCUGCAAUCGCACUUGGUAUCAAUAUGAAGAAUAGCAGCAUCUCGACACCGAACGUUUCCAAGGAGGCUCGCUAUCGUGUCUGGUGGUGCCUGUACACAUUCGAACACAUGUUGGGAAUCAUGACCGGCCGCGCCACAUGUAUUCUUGAUGGCGUGUGUACCUCACCAUUACCGAUCCCCUUCGACGAGGAUCAACUAGACGAGCCAGCAGCUGCCGAAGUUCUCAAUGACUCGGCUCUUCGUGAUGAUCGUAUCAACAGCGUGAUGGCCAGUUCAUGGGUUCGACACAUGCCGCUCAACCCAGCAAAUGGUAAAGAGGCUACUAAAGAACGAUCCCCGGGAUCCAAGUGGAUUACGAAUCUCCCUGUAUCUUUCGGGCUUGCGUACACCUAUUUUUGCGACCUGACAGUGGUCGCUCAAGAGAUCGUCAACAAGGUAUACUCUGUGGAUUGUGUCAUGGUACCAUGGCCGCAUAUGGAGAAUCGGAUCGGUGAACUGAGAGCCAGAGUCGAUUUGUGGUAUUCUCUUCUCCCACCUGCUCUUGACUUCACCCGCAAGGAGGACGGAGGUGCGGAUCUUCUGCGCGGAAAGCUAUCCCUGGCCUUCCAUUACUACAGCGCUCGCAUCACACUGGGACGUCCCUGUCUCUGCCAGCGCGACGCGCGCCAGAAAGGUCCAUCCGAAAGACCGACUUUCAGCCACGAAAUGGCCGUGAUUAGUCUCGAGUCUGCCUCACGCAUGCUUGACCUCAUCCCAGAUGAGCCAAAUGCCGUCCAGCUGUACCAGAUCUGCCCGUGGUGGUGCAUCCUGCAUUAUCUCAUGCAGGCGGCAACGGUACUACUUCUGGAGCUAUCAUUCGGCUCCGUUCAUCUGCCCAGCGAUGAAGCGAACUUCGUCCAGUUGGCCAAAAAAUCCAUCCGGUGGCUUUACGACAUGUCUCACCACAGCGUCGCCUCCCGCCGUGGAUGGCAACUCUGUGACGUCGCUAUGCGAAGACUAGCCGUGGGAAUGAAAUUGGAUAUCAGCGAUAUGCCGUCGGCCAAAUAUCACCCCGAACCCGAAGUCCCCCAGAACGCCAAUCGAUCCGAAGAUAUCAGCCAGCACCCUCCUCAAUUUGAUGAUCCCUGGGGUGCGCAGGUGACGUCUCAGGUGCCCGUCCAGCAGGACUUUUUGACCUAUCCCUCCAUGUCAACAUCGGAACUUUUGUCCUCGCUGACUGCCGAGUCGCAGUCCGGCGAUAGUUACUUCCCCUAUGACCCAAUCGGCGGGGAGUUUAUCCGGUCUUUCUUCCCUGACAGUGCUGCGGAUGAACAGAACUGGCAAUGA